AUGGUACCGAAGCAGUUGAUCGUUGCCGUUGAAGGCACGGCCGCGAUUGGGCCCUUCUGGCAAACCAUCGUCUCCGAUUACCUCGACAAGAUCAUAAGAUGCUUUUGCGGGAAUGAGCCAGUGGGUCAGAAGCUCUCAACACCCCAGGUGGAGCUCUCGCUGGUCAUGUUCAAUGCUCAUGGUUCAUACAGUGCCUGCCUUGUGCAAAGAAGUGGUUGGACUAAAGACAUGGACAUAUUCUUUCAAUGGCUUUCGGCUAUACCAUUUGCAGGUGGUGGCUUCAAUGAUGCUGCAAUUGCUGAAGGGCUUGCUGAAGCUCUGACGAUGUUCUCUUCCCCUAAUGGGAGUCAAAACCAAAAUGUGGACGGACAAAGGCACUGUAUUCUAGUGGCUGCCAGCAACCCUUACCCACUCCCGACAGCUCUGUUCCGGCUGCGACCCCAAAAUAUUGAGUCGAGCGAUAGUAUCGAAAUACAGUCGGAUAAUAAUCAUUUAUCUGAUGCAGAGGGAUUAGCAAAAUCAUUUGCACAGAGUGCUAUUUCUCUGUCUGUUAUCUGUCCGAAGAAGCUUCCGAAACUUAGAGCGAUUUACGAGGCGGGGAAGCGCCAUCCACGAGGUGCAGAUCUGCCUGUAGAUAAUGUGAAGAACCCUCAUUUCCUUGUCCUUAUCUCGGAGAAUUUUAUGGAAGCCCGUGCUGCAUUAGGUAGGUCGGGAAUGACAAAUUUGCCCCCAAAUCAAAACCCGGUCAAGAUGGACAUGACACCUGCCCCUUCUAUUCCUGGGCCACCUUCAGCAAAUGGAUCCGUCUUAGGUAGACAACCAAUACCUGUUGGAAAGAACAUUCCGCCUACAACUGUAAAAGUGGAACCAAGUACUAUAGCCCCUCCAACCGGGCCCGGAUUUCCUCAGAUUUCAUCUGUUCCUCGACCUGCUUCUCAAACCAUGUUAGCCUUACAAACCUCUCCACCGUUAUCAACAUCUCAAGAGGCUACCUCAAACAACGAAAGCUCCCAAGAUGCAAAAUCGCUGGUGCGUCCACCUGGCAAUCCAGCAGCAAAUGUAAGGAUCUUGAAUGAUGUGGCCCAGGCUCGUCUAGCUGUUGGAGGAACUUCCAUUGGGAUUCCUUCCAUGAACGGGACACCCAUGCUCUCCAAUGUGAUAUCCAGCGGGAUGGUAUCAUCUGUGCCACCUCCAACUGCACAAACUGUAAUUUCUUCAGUUUCUUCGGGCCUCACAUCGGUUUCUGGGCCCUUACCUAUACCCACAACGGGCCCCACAAAUUCUAGCAUUGGGGUCUCGCAGCCUUCGAAUAAUUUACAAGUGGGCGGGAAUAUGGGCGGCCAAAUGGGUCUCAACAUGAGCCAAGGUAAUUUAACGGUCCCACAGAUGGUGCAGACGGGGCAGGGUGUGAAUAAUCAGAACAUGACGAGUGCAAGUGGUGUGUCGGGUAUGCCUUCUGGGGCUGGCAUAAUGAUGCCUGGUCAGGGAAUGUCCCAGCAAAUACAACAAGGAAUGCAGCCUGCGAGUGUGAAUAGCAGUAGUUCUGUGACGAAUAUGCCCUUGAACCAGCAGACAUCGGGUGCUAUGCCAUCGGCACAAUCUAAAUAUGUCAGAGUUUGGGAGGGAAAUUUAUCUGGACAGCGACAAGGUCAACCUGUUUUUAUUACCAGACUGGAGGGAUACAGGAGUGCAACAGCUUCUGAGACGCUUGCUGCAAAUUGGCCCCCGACAAUGCAGAUAGUACGCCUGAUAUCCCAGGACCACAUGAAUAACAAGCAAUAUGUUGGGAAGGCUGAUUUCCUAGUUUUCCGUGCCAUGGAUCAGCAUGGCUUUCUUGGGCAGCUGCAAGAGAAAAAGCUUUGUGCAGUAAUACAGUUACCAUCGCAGACAUUGCUACUUUCGGUUUCCGACAAAGCUUACCGUCUGAUUGGGAUGCUGUUUCCUGGGGAUAUGGUGGUUUUCAAGCCCCAAAUACCGAGUCAACAAAUGCAAGCUCAACAGCAGCAACACCUACAACACCUGCAGCAGCAGCAGCAGCAACAACAAAUGGGGCAACAACAACAACCACAACAAAUGGGUCAACAACAACACUCCCUUAUGCAACAACCACCUCAGCAGAUUCCUCAGAUGCAACAGCAACAGCAGAUCCCUCCUCAGAUGAAUCCUCAGUCUUACAUGCAAGCUGCCGGACGGCCUCAGUUGUUGGGACAAGGAGGCCAGGUCUCGUCUGCAGGAAAUUUCAUCAAUUGA